UGUGAGUGAGGAGCGCUCCGGAGCCAGAGAAGGACCGCGGCCGAAGCGGCGGGGACACGAGCGGUGGCAGCGACGCGAGACGCUAGGAAAGCGCCGAGAACGAAAUGAAUGAGCGGUGAGAGGAGCGCGGAGGGAACGAGUCGACGGAGGGAAGAGGAAGUUAUGAGCCGGAGUGAGACGAGUUACCGGGGAAGGUGUUCGUGAGCGGAGAGAGACGACUGAAGAGGGGGUGUGGGGGGGGAGAGACACAACACAGUCACAAGUCCAGUCUGAGUCCAGAGGCAGAGCUCUGAACCGGCACCAUGGCCGACGUGCUGGGCAGCGGCGGGUCCGGAGCCAUCGGAGCGACCAGCGUGGACUGGCAGAAGCGCUGCAUCGCUCUGGAGAUGCAGCUGCUGAGGUUCCGGCUUCAGGCGGGGAAGAUCCGAGAGCUGCUGGCGGAGAAGAUGCUGGAGCUGGAGCAGAGGGUGACGGAGUCCGACCAGCGAGCUGAGAGCGCUGAGAAACAGAUACAUGUCAUGGAGGAGAAGCUGAAGUCUGCGAACAUACAAACCAGUGAAUCGGAGAGCUCGCUGUACAGAAAGUACCAAGAGCUGACCGGUCAGGUUCAGCAGAAAGAUGCUGCGAUAAAGAGAUUAGAGAUGCAGCUGGAAAAACAGAUCAUAGUCAGAGCCCAGGAGGCAAAAGUGAUUGAGGAAAAGGCUGCAAAGAUUAAGGACUGGGUCACCUUCAAGCUGAGAGAGAUGGAGCAGGAGAACCAGCAGCUGAAAAUGUCCAACUUGAAGCAGACAGAGCAGAUCAUGUUGCUGCAGGUCAAACUUCAAUCUCUCUUAGAGAAACCUGCGUUCUCAGGAUCUCCGGCCACCUCCCCUGUGAUGGACACCCACCUGGUGCCCAGCAGCCCUCUGUUUCCUCCCAGCUGCCCUGGCACGCCACCGGCCCUGGAGGACGGCUGGAGACAGACGGGUCCUCGUGGGCCCGCUUCUAACAGCAAGAUGUCCUCAACAGAUGUGAAACGGCCUCUGGAGCAGCUCAGUGCAGGGAUCUGUCUCGGGGACCUUUCGGCCCAUGAUGCUCUCUCUCAGGGUCGGGGCAGGGAGGGGCCCAGCAGCCCUGUUUCCAUCAAUAGACCAGAGCUCCCAGUGUCCUCUGAGGGUCCGCCUGGAUGCUCAGACAGAGACAACUCCUCCGACGAGCUCAACAGCAAGUUCCGCUCUCAGUGUCUUCACUCGUCCUCGUCCUCGUCGUCUUCCUCCUCAGCUUACGAGAUGGCCCACGGACCGAGCUCCCUGGAGUCGUCCCUCGGGAUAACGCCCAAAAGUCCACUUCUGUCACGCUCCCCGUCCACCAAUAACCCCUUCCCCAAUCCCCCCCAGCCGCUGGUCCACCUGUCGGGCACCAGCAUGACGUUACCCAAAGUACGAACUCCGCUCACCCCCAGAGACAGCAUCCAGCUGGUGAAGAAGCACUACAGCCAGCCGCAGCCCAGCCUGGACCGACUGCACCACCUCAACGUCAGCAUCGACAUCAUGACCCCGUCCUCCACCUCCUCCACUCUAAAGAGCAGCGGCGCCAGCACCUCGCCCUUCUCUCAGGUGGUGGAGGAAACGGACAUAGACGACGGGCUCCCUGAGAGCAUGGACGGCGUGGUGGAGGGGUCGGGAUCAGAGGAGUCCUGCCGGGAUGGAGUCUCCUUCGUGGGGCUGGCGGAGGAGCUGGAAAUUCUCAAGCCGCCAACACCUCCUCUACAUCGCUUCCCUUCAUGGGAGAGUCGUAUCUAUGCUGUGGCGAAGUCAGGAAUGAGAGUUUCAGAGGCCAGUCCUGGAGCCAGGGGCCCCGGACGAGGAUCCAACUUACCCCAGUAUCCAGCGGCAGGUCCGUUCACCCAGUUGAUCUAUAAGAAUAUUAAUGUUCCAGUCUACACCACACUGAAAGGGAAAGCCACUCAGAUCAGCAGUGUACCUCUACCGGAUGACGACUCCGGGUCAGAGGACGACAGCAGCUCUCUGGCCAGUUUACGGACGUCCAUCCUGAGCCCAGAGAGGAAGGGCAGCGUCCCCGGCAGCCCACGUGCCGUCAAGAGAGGCGUGUCCAUGUCCUCCAUAAGCUCGGAGAGCGACUACGCCAUUCCCCCUGACGCCUACUCCCUGGACAGUGAUUACUCAGAACCAGAACACAAAGUCCAGCGGACCUCGUCCUACUCCUGUGAAAGCACCGGGCCUGAGAUGCUGGAGAAGUCGGGCUACCUGCUGAAGAUGGGCAGUCAGGUGAAAGCCUGGAAGCGUCGCUGGUUCAUCCUCAGGAAUGGGGAGAUCCUCUACUACAAAUCUCCUAGUGACGUGAUCAGGAAACCUCAGGGUCAGAUCGAACUUAACUCAUUCUGCAGUAUAGUUCGUGGAGAAGGUGCACAGACAUUUCAAUUGAUUACGGAGAAGAAGACCUUCUAUCUGACUGCGGACUCACCCAACAUCCUGGAGGAGUGGAUCAGGGUCCUGCAGAACAUUCUCAAGGUCCAGGCCAGCAGCCCAGUUCCUGUGGAGACCACCACCAAGCCCACUUCGAGAGGUUGGCUCACAAAGGUCAAACAUGGGCACUCGAAGCUGGUGUGGUGUUCUCUGGUUGGAAAAGCCUUCUACUACUAUCGCAACCAGGAGGACAAGCUGCCCCUGGGUCAGCUGCAGAUGCGCGAGGCGUCGGUGCAGGAGGUGGAUCGCUCCUGUGAUUCAGACGAGGAUUAUGAAGCAGGUAGUCGAGGUUUCCUCUCCUCCCACUGCACCUUGGUGGUCCAGCCCAGAGAGCAGAGCCCCACGUACCUGCUGAUCGGCACCAAGCAGGAGAAGGAAACGUGGUUGUAUCAUUUGACUGUAGCUGCCGGCAGCAGUGCAAACUUCAAGGUGGGAACGGAGUACGAGCAGCUGAUUGGUAAACUCCUCGAUGCAGAGGGAGACCCAGAAUCCUUCUUGUGGAGGAGCGAGGCCUUGAGCUUCUGUAAGGAGGGCCUGCGCUCGCCUCUCACCACCCUGCCCUCUGAAGCUCUGCAGACAGAAGCUCUCAAACUUUUCAAGUCCUGUCAGCUCUUCAUCAACGUGCUGGUGGAGUCUCCGUCUGUGGACUACCACACGUCGCUGGCCCAGAAUGCUUUGCAAGUGUGCCUGACCCACCCGGAGCUGCAGAACGAAAUGUUCUGUCAGCUCAUCAGGCAGACCAACGGCCGGACGCCACACAACCACUCCCUCACGCAGUGCUGGCAGCUGUUGUCUCUGUGUGUGGCUCUGUUCCUCCCCCAGCAACAUUUCCUCUGGUACCUGAGACAGUAUCUACAACGCAACGCUGACCCGAGGAGUGAGGUGGGGAAGUACGCGGUGUACUGCCAGAGGUCUGUGGAGCGAACCCUGCAGAACGGAGAGCGGGAGGCCAAACCUUCACGUAUGGAGAUCGUCUCCAUCCUGCUGAGGAACCCCUAUCACCAUUCACUGCCGUUUAGCAUCCCAGUGCACUUCACCAACAACACCUACCAGGUGGUUGGAUUUGACGGCUCCACCACAGUUGAAGAGUUCCUCAACACACUGAACCAGAGGAUUGGCAUGAGGAAGCCACAGCUGUCGGGGUUCGCCCUCUUCACAGACGAUCCUUCGGGGAAAGACCUGGAGCACUGCCUGCAGCCGUCUGCCAAGAUCUGUGAUGUCAUUUCCAAGUGGGAACAGGCCCUGAAGGAGCUGCACCCUGGGAAGAACGAGGGGACUCGGAUUGUUCGACUAACCUACAAGAGCAGACUGUGCUUCAGAGCUCAGGUGAAAGGAGAGACGGAAAGAGAGCGCCUCCUGCUGGCUUAUCAGGUGAACGACGAGGUUCAACAAGGCCACUUCCCUGUGAACAAAGAGCUGGCUCUGGAGGUGGCUGCCCUCAUGGCUCAGGUGGAACACGGGGACCUGGAACGUCCCGCUGCCUCCUCUCCCUCCAGCUCUCCUCAGUCUAAAUCGCAGCUGAUCCUCCUGCAGGCCUUAGAGCGCUUCUACCCCAAACGCUACAAACAGGACUGCAGCUCGGAGCAGCUCAGAGACCUGACUGAGCGUCUGGCCACUAAGUGGUCCCUGCUACGUGGGUGCAGUGCAUCCGAGUGUGUGAGAAUUUACCUGACUGUGGCCCGGAAGUGGCCCCUGUUCGGAGCCAGGCUCUUCAGCGCCAAGCCUGUCCCCCCCUCUCCUGUGGAGCAGAGCCAGGUGUGGCUGGCCGUCAAUGAGGAUGGACUGUGUGUGCUGGACUACACAAUGCACACGCUGGUCACUUACUCGUACCAGUGUGUGAUCACCUUCGGGGGCUGCCGGGACGAUUUCAUGGUGGUCGUCAGCCAGCAGAGGGAGCCGGGGGUCGGCAAGAAGAGUGUGGAGAAGCUGCUCUUUGGGAUGGUUAAACCCAAGAUUCUGGAGCUGACUCUGCUCAUGGCCAGCUACAUUAACCACUGGAACCCGAACCUCCCGUCUGCGGCCCACCAGCCGCUCGGCCACUGGGACGUGGACAGCCGGCACUUCCCCACCAUGAACUACACCACCAAGGGCCCCACGCUACUGUGAAGGCUGCAAGUAACCAGCGUGCCUGAGCACAGGGAGGCGUCCGUCCCACUCAGACCUUCUGGAGGGCGUCAGGUUGUAGGUACAGAACAAGCAGUAGGAGACUAUGUUUCUAAAACUGUUUCUCAUGAAGAUUUAGAUUGAGAUAUUUAGACUUUUUUAUUCUUACAACAACAGGGUUUCAGCUCUGUGUUGUGGAAAUGGACUUUGUUACAGGUUGUCAGUUGUUCACCAAGACUUUUCACACAUACGUGACAAUGCACCAGAAUUUAAGUACAUGUUGGGUCCUGUGCAAUUAGAAAGGGACUGAUAUGGUUUGACUCGUAGAUUCUAGAGUCGUCAUUGGAUAUAUAUCACACUAUCACUUGUUUUCUUUAUUCAAUCUAUGACUUAAAAUAUCCGAGAAUGGUAAUAAAUGUCUCUCACAGGUUCCCAGGAUCUGGGUCGUCGUAUUCAGAUUCAACCAAAACGCCAAAAAAGCCAAAUAGGAUGAAUUUUACCAUCAUAGAACAUGUUAAAACAAGAUGAAAUCUAAUACAAUAAAUCUUCUUCAUAAAUCCAAUUCUACCCAAAGUACAAAUGGAUUUUCCUUUUGAGCUGUGGGGGGAUGGGGCUGCUUUAUAACUUUUGAUAAUCCUCUGAUAUUUUUAAAUGUGAAAGUGAAUUUUUAAAUAUAACUGGUACUCAAUAAGGAAAUGGGAUGUUUUUUAAUUUACUGUCAGUUUAAUGAAUCUGUAAAUUUCAGAUUUAAAUAAUCAACAGUUGAUAAAAAAGGGGGGGUUACGUUUUUUAAAAAGAACAAACCAAAAUAUUUGAAUGACUUGAACUGUCUUGGAUGAAACCACUGUCAUGCUCAUUACUUAUUUAUUUUACUUCCAACAUUUUUUUUGCUUUUGUUUAAAAAGGAAAUGAUUUCUCUGUCACUUUUAAACAGAAAAACUCAGUUUGUGUUGAUGUAGCAGAAUAAUUUAAGAGCAGAGUGAGUCUGUCCCUGCUUCUGUUGUAAAGUGAGUAAAACGGUUUGAGAGAUGGUGUUGUUAUGUCGACUGUAUGUGCGUGUGGUUAUAAUAAAAUAAAUAUAUGGGACUUCCA